ACUUUUCAGAACCCAGCGGUAAUCGGAAGUUGCCGUCGCCGAUAAAACCAUAAACCCCACAAAACAGCGGCGCAGCUCAGUUCGCCCGAGGCCGGGAAGUUGCAGAGCUUUCGGAAUCUGAAUCUCAAAUGCCGUCCAAAUCCAAAAAUCUAAGCUCUCUAUUCCGCUCCGCCAUUAUAGCUUCAAAACCUUCACAGAAUCCCCAAGAUGCAGCUCUCAAAAACUACGUCUCCGCUAUCGAUCCCUUCUCUCCUAGCACCUCUCUCUCCAAAGCCUUCGAUAAACGAUCCAUCAAGUCCGCGAACUCCAAGAAGCUUCCCCAGAAACUAAACUCUGACGUUCAAUUUCCUGCUCUCAUUUUAGAAGAGCCGUCAGGGUCUGGGGAUUCUAUGAAGCAUUUAACCAAGGCCAUAUCUUCCAUUCUGUGCGAAGGCUCAUCUGUUAGGUCUCCUGAUGCACAAGAAAAUGGUGAUGAGAACUCUUUGAAACAAUUAUUAGACAUACCAUGGUUUUCCAACAUGUCCAAUCAUAGCAUAUCAUUGCGUCGCAGAGAAAUAUCUCGUGAAAGAAAGCAAAAAUGGAUAUUCAAAAAUAGCCAAAACUAUAGGUUUAAUCAAUUGGUUAGAAAUUGUGCACAGAAGCUGGGGACUGAUGUUACUUUAGAAGUCUUUGGUAAAUUGGGACGAGAAACUGGUGUGAAAGAAUACAAUGCACUGAUAGAUAUAUGUUUAGAGAAGGCUAAGACAAGUAAAGACUUGGAGGUUGUAUUGGAACAGAUUGCAAAGGUUUAUCAGCUAUUUAAAUUAAUGAAAGAACAUGGUUUUCAGUUAGAAGAUGAAACUUACGGUCCAGUUCUUACAUAUUUAAUUGACAUGGACAUGAUGGAAGAAUUUAAUUUUUUCUGUGAGGCUGUAAAGGAUGGAAAUCCAGGCUCGAAUUCAAGGUUGGGUUACUAUGAGAUGUUGUUCUAUGUUAAAAUCAAUGAUGUAGAAAAAAUUCAGGAGCUCUGUGAGCAUGCUAUAGCCCAUGAUGGAGUGGACAAGUACAGUUUACAAGAAAAUUAUUUGUUGGCCCUUUGUGAAUGUGAGCAGAAGGAGGAACUUUUGCAGAUGCUGGAAAUUGUAGACAUCACAAAACUUUCGUCAACUGUACUCGCAGCUAACGUCUUCAAGUGCUUAGGGAGAUUAUUACUUCACUCUAUUGCAGAGAAGUUGCUUGUGGCGUUGAAAACUUCUGGGAAUGGAGCAGAGAAUAUCCCUUACCUUAUAUAUAAUCAUGUUGUCAGCAUUCCAAAUUUAGCGAUUGAGGAUAUGGUUUCUAAGUUCAAGAGCAUGCACUUGGAAUUGGACAUCAAGCCUUCAUCUGUUUCAUAUGAGAAGCUCAUCUGUUACUGUUGUGGUUCACUUAAGGUGCAUAUGGCUCUUGAUAUAGCAAAUGAAAUGUGUGAUGCAGAUUUCACACCAUCCACAGAUGUCUUGCACUCCAUUUUACAUGCUAUGGAUGAAGGCUGUGAGUUUAAUUUGGUUCAUCAAGUCUAUUCACUCAUAUGUCGCCACAACCUGAAGCCGGAUAGUGAAGUGUUCAGGAGAAUGAUAAGUCUGUGCAUCAAGAUGAAAGACUUUAAUGGUGCCUAUGACAUGCUUAAGGAAUCUGAGAAAAUGAACUUUACUCCUACAGCUAGCAUGUACAAUGCUAUCAUGGCCGGAUACUUCCGAGAGAAGAACACUUCUGAUGGAUUGAUGGUUCUCAAGCAAAUGGAACUUGCGGAUGUAAAACCAGAUUCCAAGACUUUCAGCUAUUUGAUCAGCUAUUGUGAAUGUGAGGAGGAUAUUAUCAAGUACUAUGAAGAGCUGAAGAGUUCUGGAGUUCAAGCGACAAAGCAUAUUUUCAUGGCCCUUAUAAAUGCAUAUGCUGCUCAUGGACAAUUUGAGAAGGCAAAACAGGUUAUAUCAGAUGAAGAAAUACCAGUCAAGAACUUGAAUGAAAUUAGAAGUGUGCUAGUCUCUGCUCUUGCUUCAAAUGCGCAAAUAGCUGAUGCCCUGAAAAUUUAUGAUGAAAUGAAACAAGCUGGAUGUAAUUUGGAGCCCAAGGCUGUCAUCAGUCUUGUUGAGCACUAUCCAUUCGAUUGGCCGAUGAACAGAAUGUUUCAGUUACUUGGUGAAUUGCAUCAUGAUCUCGACGUCUGGAUAGAUUCUUGUCGCAGAAUUCUCUUGUUUUCUGUAAAACACAAUGAUCUGAGUUCGACUGUCGAUCUAUUGAAGCAGCUCAGUUACAGAUGUUGUAAUGAUGAAGUGAUGAUGGGAGUUGCUUUUGAUGAGAUUUUUUCCCUCAUUGCAGAGUCCGAGCCAUCAUAUUUAGAAACAGGCCUGCAAUUGCUUCAAUUCAUAAAGAAUGAUCUCGGUCUAUCUCCCCCACGUAGAUGCCUUGAUUUUCUCCUGGGUGCUUGUGCCAACGCCAAAGAUGCAGAGAGCUCUCUCCUCAUCUGGGAAGAAUAUGAAAAAGCCGGCCUCCCACACAAUACUAUUAGUUACUUGCGGAUGUAUCAAGCUCUCUUAGCAUCUGGGGACCAAAAAUCUGCAAAAGUUUUGCUUGAAAAAAUUCCGAAAGACGAUGCUCACGUUUGCUAUGUAAUCAAGGAAUGCGAAUCGGUUUAUGUUGCCUCUUUCUCAGUAAAGAAGAAAAAAGGAAGACACAAGAAAAAGAUGCUGAAAAUGAGCAUAAAUGAAAGAGAGGUAUGAAUGGAGAAGUAUAUUAGUAUUAAACUAACUUGCAUUUUUGGGUUGUAGGAGUAAAUUAGAGUAUGAUCAUAGGUAUGCAUGUGAAGCCCUUUUAUUUAUUGAAUCUAAUAUCAUUUAAGACUCGACAAUGUGGAAGAAAGAUUAGACAUUUGUUCAAGUAGAUACAUCAUUGAUAGUUGUAAUAAAAUCAUCCACUUUUCCUUGGCAAUAAAAAUAUGGGGAGAAAUGAUUGAAACUCCCUUUUCCUUUGC